UAAGUACUUCACCCCUAAGACUAGCCAUAGUGGAAAGUAACUAAGUAGUAACAUCAACGUCACGUAGGUAAAAAAUCUGACGUGACAAGUAAUUAAUGCGGAGAGAGAUGAUGGUAGUAACAUAGCUAGUUACCAUCACAUCACAUAUUUCAAUGCAUUAUGUGUCUAUAACCUAAUAAAUGCUAGUUUGCAUGACACCACAUGUAUGUUACUCCUCACUAUGAAGGUAGUAACAUAGAGUAGUAACAACAUUAUGUUACUACUCCUGGUUACUCUCCAUUAUGAGCAGCCUAAGGAAAGGUUACACGUUUCACCCAACUACUCACUAUCCUGUAGAUCCGAAACCGAGUAGAACAUCUGUUUCCUGGUGGACUUUGAGUAGAAUCUGCAAGAGUUGGACCCCGGCGAUCUAACCUGCAAUAGUACUAUAAAAUGCACGGGGGUGGGGGGUGUAUGCCGGCAAGGCAAAGCGACGGAUAUUGAAGCAAGAAACCAAUCCAGUUCAUUGAUUCAUUUGCACCCUACCUGCGGGAGAAUUCUUUGCCGACGAUGACGAGUAUGGCGGCGCCGUCGGAGGGGGCGGUGGAAGCAUUCAAGAAGGCGCUCGCGACCGCCGCCUCGGUGUCCGCGUACGCCAUGCUUGCGCGCGGCAUGGCGCGGGAGCUCCUCCCCGAUGAGUUGCGCGCGGCCGUGCACUGGGGUGCGGCUUUCGUGUGCUCCCGCUUCGGCGCCCGCGAGAAGGAGCGCCACACCAUCGUCAUCCGCCGCUCCGUCGACAAGAACCAAUGCCACUACGACAACGCGUCCAGCCAGAACGACGUCUUCGACGCGGCGCGGACGUACCUGGCCACCAAGAUCAAUCCGCGCACCAUGUCCCGCCUCUGCCUUGGGCGCUCCCUCACCACUGAGCCCGACGGGAGCAGCAGCUCGAGCACUCUCCUGUCUAUGGAGCAUGGGGGCUCCAUCACAGACCACUUCGACGGCGUUGAGUUCCGGUGGAUGUUCAUCGAGGCUGGCGGCGACGACGGCGAUAGGGUCAAGGGUGGCGGCGAGAUCCUAGAGCUCAGCUACGACGCAGAGCAGACUGACACCGCGCUUGACAAGUACGUGCCCUUCAUCAUGUCCACAGCGGAGGAGCUGCGACGGCAGGACCGCGCGCUCAAGAUCUUCAUGAACGACUACGGCUACGGGUCGUGGCAAGGCAUCAAUCACCACCACCCGGCCUCGUUCGAAACGCUCGCCAUGGAUCCAGGGCUGAAGCAGGCUGUCCUGGACGACCUCGACCGGUUCCUGAAGAGGAAAGAGUACUACCAGCGAAUCGGGAAGGCUUGGAAACGCGGCUACCUGCUCUACGGCCCCCCUGGCACCGGCAAGUCCAGCCUGGUCGCUGCCAUGGCCAACUACCUACGUUUCAAUCUCUACGACCUCGAUCUCUCGAGUGUGCACGACAACUCAUCACUGCAGAGGCUUCUCAUCGACAUGUCCAACAAGUCCAUCCUUGUCAUCGAAGAUAUUGACUGCAGUUUCGACACGAUGUCGAGAGAGGAUCGCAAGGACCACUCCUUGGAGGACGAGGAGGACGGCCGAGACUACCGUACGGGAGGUGAGCGCAAGAUAACACUGUCGGGGCUGCUCAACUUCAUCGACGGGUUGUGGUCGACUAGCGGCGAGGAGCGCAUCAUGAUCUUCACGACCAACUAUAAGGAUCGCCUUGAUCCGGCGCUGCUGCGGCCGGGGCGCAUGGACAUGCAUGUAUAUAUGGGUUACUGCUGCUGGGAGGCAUUCAGGAAGCUGGCCUGGAACUAUCACCUCAUUGACGGCCACCCUCUGUUCCCAGGGAUACAGGAACUACUUGCGGUGGUGGAGGUAACGCCCGCCGAGGUGUCUGAGAUGCUGCUACGGAGCGAGGACGCCGAUGUUGCGCUACAGGUACUGAUGGAAUUCCUCCAAGAACGGAGUGGGGCAGUAAAAGAGCCGGAGGACAAGCACGAUGCGUAGCAUGGUAGUAGCAGAGAAGAGACAUGGUCUGUGUGUUCAGAGAAAACAAGGACAAAUGCAGAGAGCCUUUUUGAAGGGGGUGUUGUAAGAACAUUUCCAACCGAUUAAGAAAACCGUAAUCAUCAUUUA